GACUAUUGCAGUAUAGUCUUUUGUAAGCGAAGUGGAAUGCACUUGCUUGGAUUAAAUAGUGAAUUUAUUCUUCAGUGAGAUUCCGCAGUGUAUAAAGACAUUGUGAAAUGGAAAAUGGUUUUUUAAGUUUUAUACAUACCUUAUACUGCGUGUAUUGUGAUCUCUUGCAAUUAACAAGUACUAUUGGCAAAUAUCCCCAAUAAAGGUUUAUGGAAUAUUUGGGAACGCUGAAUUACUAUAAAAUAGCCAAUAUGUCAACCGAAUUGAGAACUCUUUCUCCAAGAUCCAUUACCCAGCUGAAAAUAGAAGAACCACAAUCGAGACUCAGUCGCUCUUCGUCAUUAGAUAAAAUAAAGAAAUUCAACUCAUUUAUAUGCUCCCAACAAUACUAUAUGCUUCCAGCAUUACUUAGUUGGUUAAAAUCUUCACAGUCAAACCUACAAACAGCGACAGAGGGUACAAUUCAUUUUUUAAGGACAGUUUUUUUAAAUGCUUUCUUCAAGUGUUUUACAUUUUUUUUCAAAACUAAACAAUUCAAUAUUGGAAAAAUUCAGAAUGUUAUGAGGGUAUGGAUAUCAAUAAAACUAGCGAAUUUCUUUGAUCCGACAUUUCUAUUUAGCGCAGGUGUUUAUAUUGGGUGUUUGAUAGUUUUUGUUCAGGUUUUGUUUUCUGUUUAUUUAAUUUUUUUGAUAUUUUUACCUCAAGGAUUUAUUUUUCUUGUGGGAUGUAUGCUGACCAUUCAGUAUCUGUGUUAUAAAACUAUGGUUAAGUAUAUUGUAGGAACAAAGAAACUGGAAAAGAAUCAAAAAUGAUUUUUUUUAUAAGUAAGUCAAUUCCGACCACUUAUAUUAAGUGUAUAUAUAUAUAUUUUUUUUUUGAAAUUCGAAUAAGGACUUUGUAGCUGUAUUGGUAUCUUUUUAUAAUAAAGAGUCUAUCUAC